AUGGCAGACCUGCAGAAAAAGCUUGUGGAUAAUGACAAGCUUGGCAGCAUGGCCCCCGAACGAAAUGGCCUCACCUCGGAAGAGGCCAAGAAGCGCAUGGCAGAGUAUGGUCCCAAUGAGAUUCCGACUAUUGAGACGCCGAUUUGGAAGAUGAUCUUAUCGCAAUUUGUGGGCACCAUGCCUGUGAUGCUCGAAGUCAGCUGCAUCAUAUCAGCAGCAGCCGGAGACUGGCCAGAUUUCUUUGUGAUUUUGGCCAUGGUUCUCGUGAAUGCCGCGCUUGGAUUCCGCGAGGAGAUGAAGGCCAAGAACGCCUUGGAGGAGCUCACGAACCAGAUGGAAUCCUCAAUCCCUUGUCUUCGUGACGGGAAGUCGGAGUCGCUUCCGGUUUCCCAGCUUGUACCGGGUGAUGUGAUCCACCUGCGCGGCGGGGCGCUCACACCGGCCGAUGUCGAAUGGCUUGAUGGCGAUGUGCUGAGCAUCGACACAGCCGCACUGACGGGUGAACCGCUCCCUCGGAAAUACCCCAGCGAGGAGUAUGGAAAGCUCAUCCUUUCAGGCACAACGGUCAAGAGCGGAGAGGCCUACUGCGUUGUGCGAUUGACCGGCACCAACACGGAGAUCGGCCAAGGCCAGGCGGACAUUAUGGCUGACCGGGCAACUGCUUCAGUGUCAGUCUUUGAGCAGAGGGUCAUGGUGGUGGUCAACAUCAUCAUCUCCAUCGCGGUCCUGGAUGCCAUUUGCAUCGUACUGGUCCAGGGACUGAUUCGCGGAGGCUUUGACGUGGACUUCAAAGGAACGCUUCUCACUGCACUGUCCAUUUUGAUUGCUGCUGUCCCCAUCGCACUUCCUCUGGUGCUUCAAGUCACCAUGGCAAUUGGUGCGUACCGAAUGGCCACGGACCACCAUGCCAUUGUCACGCGAAUGUCAGCUUUGCAAGACAUCGCAUCCAUGGACGUGCUUUGCUCGGACAAGACAGGCACUCUGACAACUGCCAAGAUGAGCAUCAAUUUGAGCUUGAUCUGGCCUGCGAAGAAAGAUGGCUUCGACAUUGUCUAUUCAUCCCUGUCUGGGCAGCCAGACCAGGCCUUGGCACAGCAGCAGCUUCUCAUGGUCAUGGGCAUUAUGAGCUCCAAUGCAGACAAAAAGGAUGAUGCCAUCGACGGCGCAUUGCUGAGGGCCUGGGACAAGAUGAAGCAGGAACAAGGUGAAGUUCCGGCAAAGAUGAAGGAGGGCUACUCACAGCUGGACUUGACAGGCUUCAAUCCCGAGGUGAAGCGAACCGUGGCCACCGUCAAGCGUCUUGCAGACGGCAAGAAGCUGAUCAUCGCCAAGGGGCUUGCUUCCAAGGUCAUGGACACGUCUUCGGGCGGGCAGGACUCCGGUGCUUUGCAGUGGCGCUGCGAGGAAUGCAAAGAGGAGGGUUUCGUUGCCAUGGUGCAGAAGAAAGACCAGGAGCUUUCGGCUGCCGGCUACAAGACCAUCGCCGUGGCAGCAGGUAUCGAGGGUGAGGGCAUGCACUUCCUGGGCCUGCUGCCCAUGAUCGACCCCCCAAGGUAUGACACGGCAAUCACUGUGCGAAGGCUCAUGGAAGCAGGUGUUGAGGUGAAGAUGAUUACUGGUGACCACCUCAAUAUUGCCAUCGAAACUGCUCGCUUGGUUGGUAUGGCAACUAACAUUUUGCCCGGAGAAGCUACCCGGGAAGGUGGGCACACGGGAGAUGAGACCAUCCGUGAUUCAGGAGGCUUCGCUCAAGUGCUUCCCCGUGACAAGCGUGAAUGUGUGCUUGCACUGCAAAGGUCCUUCGACCUUGUGGUGGGAAUGACAGGAGAUGGUGUGAAUGAUGCACCAGCUCUUUCCGCUGCGCAGUGUGGAAUUGCAGUCGAAGAUGCGACGGACGCGGCAAAGAAUGCAGCUGCGAUGAUCCUUACAACAGAAGGCUUGUCUGCGGUCUUCGGGGCGGUUGUUGAGUCGCGGAAGAUCUUUGCCCGCUUGUUCUCCUACGUCUCGUACCGCCUUGCAGCCACCAUCCAAAUCCUGCUUUACUUGAGCAUUCUCGUUUAUGUUUUCGACUGCACGCUGGACCCCCUUUAUGUGAUUCUGCUGGCGCUCUUCAAUGAUGUGACCAUGAUUCCCGUGGCAGAGGACAACCAGACAGCUGCUGCAGAGCCGCAGCAUGCAGUCAUUGGCAACUUGAUUGGCUUCUCCACCACCCUUGGCAUCUUUCAAUCCCUGGCUUCCAUCAUCUUUUACCUUUGCAUGGACAUGGGCUUGGUGAAGGGCAUUGAAAGUCACCAUACCGCAGGGCACUAUCCCAGAAGCGUCCACGCGCAGAACGCCAUUUGGCUUCAGGUAUCCAUCGCUGCAGAGUUCCUUAUCUUCUCUGCGCGGUCUCCUGGUCUCUUCUUCUUUAGCAAGCCUUCCACUGAGCUUCUCGUGUCCACCAUGGCCGGCAACAUCGUGUCAACUCUACUGGCUCUGUACGCAUUCCCUGAGCCUCUGGAUGUGGGAGAAGUGAUCACCAUCUGGAUUUUUGACAUCGUGGCGCUCAUCGCAGUUGACCUUUCGAAGAUGAUGUACAAGUUCAUUCACAAGGCUGAUGCUGCGGGAGUGAUUGAUGAGGACGCGCUGGCUUUGGAGGACAGUGAGAUGAAGCAUGGUGACGAGAGCAAGCCAAUUCCAGACCCUGAAGCGCACAUCAAGAAGUACCGCGAGAGCGUCAUGAUCAUGCAGCGCAAGAGCCAACUCGUGAGCCAGCAACGUUCUUCCAUCAAGUUCCUCGCCACAGGUCAGCAGCGCAGCAGCCUCAUCAUGUCGCAUUCAACCAGCGUGUCCAGCAAGAAUCACACCCACACUCGCAGCCGCCCGCUUAGAAGCGUUGUCGCCUCAUAG